UUUUCUUUCUUUCUUUCCUUUUUUUUUUUUUUUUUUUUUUUUGUGGUACGUGGGCCUCUCACUGCUGUGGCCUCUCCCAUUGCAGAGCACAGGCUCCGGACCCGCAGGCUCAGCAGCCAUGGCUCACGGGCCCAGGCGCUCCGUGCUCCGGACCGGGGCACGAACCCGUGUCCCCUGCAUCGGCAGGCAGACUCUCAACCACUGCGCCACCAGGGAAGCCUGUGUCUUUCUCUUUCUGACCUACUUCACUUAGUAUGAUCAUCUCUAACUCCAACGUCCGUGCUUUUAAGCACUUGUGACCGCCCACUCCCAUUCCUCCAGCAGCUGACAGGAAACAAACCAGGCAUCUUACGGGCAGUUUGAUGAAUCAGAGGGGGCCUUGGAAGGACAAAUCACUAAGUUGAUCUCCCAAAAUUUUCAUGUUUGUUUAGACAGUGACCAUGAUGGCUACUAGAGAAGAUAGUUUUCUGACUCUGCUGCUCUUGGCUCCUUGACAAAAGCAGAGAAGAAGUCGUAAUCCCUGAUCCAAGAUCUGUGAACAGCCUCUUCAAACUGCCGGGGUCACAAAGCCUUUAGAUAACGUCCUCCCUGUCCUGUUUGGUUUUGUUAAGUAAGUAAGCUACACAGAAGGAAGCGGUGCUGAACAUUUCCUGGACAGAUUCUUUCUCUUGCUGAGGGAGACCUAUAUACACAAGUAAUGAGAAGGCACUAAGAGGGGAAGUUUGAAGGAAUUAAAAGGAUAGUGAGGGCGUGGUUGUCCACAAUCCAACUCCAACCAAGGACAGAUGAAUGACGUUUGGCUGUCAUUACAAGAAGCUCUGGUUGACAAAUACUGUCUGGUAUUUCCUUGCUGAUUUCUUACCCUCACACCACAGGCCCUAAUCCCUGUGGUCCACUAUGCAAAUGAAAACUCCCUGAAUCAGUCUGCAGGUGACUCACCAACCCCUUUUAAGCCACGUUGGGUUCAAGGCAGUGACUGCUUGGGGUAGAAGCCAUGGCUCACAGACUCUGCUUCUCCUACUGGCUACUGGUCUGCUGGUUGGUGGUAACUGUGGCAGAAGGACAGGAAGAGGUAUUCACCCCUCCUGGAGACUCACAAAAUAAUGCAGAGCCUACAGACUGCCAGAUCUUUACACUUACCCCUCCUCCCACCACAAGGAACCCAGUGACGAGGAUCCAGCCCAUCACCAGGACACCCAGGUGUCCCUUCCAUUUUUUCCCACCACAAAGGCCCAGAGUCCACAUUAGGUUCCCAUACAGACCUUUCCUCCCUCCGAGGUGCUACCACCAUUUUCAGUUCCAUCCAUUUUUUCGGCCGCACAGUCGCCUUCCUCCUUAUUAUUAUUUCCCCAGAAGAAGACUCUGGAGAGGAAGCUCCUCUGAGGAAAGCAGAGAAAAGAGAGAAGCGCCAAACAUGCUGAAGUAAAAGAAGCCAAGGCCUCAGGAAAAAGAUUUCUGUUUUCAGUGACUAAACUAAAACUAUUGGACUGGAAAAUUAAGCAUCGGUGAUAUCUCAUUGUGGUCUUGAUCUGCAUUUCCCUGAUGAUUAGAGAUGUUGAGCCUUUUCAUGUGCCUGUUGGCCAUCUGCAUGUCUUCUUUGGAAAAAUGUCUAUUCAGUUCUGCCCAUUUUUUCAUCAAGUUGUUUGUUUUUUUGAUGUUGAAUUGUAUGAAUG